AUGAGACGAAGGCUGGGAGCGAGAGGAGUGGACGGCGCUGCGACGGCUGACGGCCGACGAGCUCGACGGGGACGACCGGACGAGGCGACUGGCGGCGAGGGGACGACCGGACGAGGCGACUGGCGGCGAUUAGGUCAGAAAUGGGGAGGAGAGGAGCGGCGGGUCAGAGGUUCUGGGCUUCUGGCUGGGGAGAGGCGGAACAAAACCUAA